AUGUCAGGGAGUAAUGAAAGCCUUCCAGAUAUGUUUGUUUUAUUAGGCUUCUCAGACCACUCAUGGAUAGAACUUCCUCUGUUCUUCAUUCUCCUUAUCAGUUAUUUAUUGGCUAUGCUGGGCAACUUCUCUAUCAUUCUAAUCUGUAGGCUGGACCAUCACCUCCAUAGCCCAAUGUAUUUUUUCCUAACUAAUCUCUCCUUUCUGGACAUCUGUUUUACAACAAGCAUUGUUCCCCAGAUAUUAUUCAACUUGGGUAGCUCAAAGACAAUCACUUAUAUUGGAUGUGCCAUUCAGCUUUACUUCUUCCAUUUCCUGGGGUCCACAGAGUGUCUUCUCUUAGCUGUCAUGUCCCUGGAUCGCUAUGUAGCUAUUUGCAAACCACUUAGAUACACCCUCAUCAUGAAUCAAAAUAUUUGUUUCCUACUUGUAUCCAUUGUAUGGUUAAGUGGCCUGAUUUAUUCUUUAUCAGAGGUUACUUUGACCUUACAGCUACCAUUGUGUGGACACAACGAAUUAGAUCACGUGGUGUGUGAGAUGCCUGUAUUGAUCAAGGCUGCCUGUGGGGAUAAGAGCUCUAAUGAAUUUGGGCUUUCCUUGGUUUGUGUAUUUUUCCUUGCUAUACCUUUAGUCCUAGUUAUUGCUUCCUAUGUCUGUAUUGGAAAAGCUGUUAUGAACAUUCAGUCUUCUGAGGGAAGGAAGAAAGCCUUUGGGACCUGUUCUUCCCAUCUCAUUGUUGUAUUAUUGUUCUAUGGCCCGGCAAUUAGUAUGUACCUCCAACCCCCUUCUUCUAUCUCCAGAGAUCAACCCAAAUUCAUGGCCCUUUUCUAUGGUGUUAUAACCCCUACACUCAAUCCCUUCAUCUACACCCUAAGGAAUAAAGAUGUGAAAGGGGCCAUAGGCAAUGUAUUGAGGACAAUGUUUAAGUCCAAAAGAGUAUCAGUAUCCAAUAUCAAGUAA